AAAAGAAGUCAAAUAUCGGAACAGUCAGAAAUUUUUUCUUUGCUUGCAGACACCGAUCCGCAAGAUUAUCGUGGCUGGUACGGGUUGGGCCAACUCUACGAUAUAUUGAAAAUGCCCUCUUAUUCGUUGUACUAUUAUCAGAAAGCGCAUACAUGCAGGCCAAAUGAUUCGCGCAUGCUUGUUGCAUUGGGUGAAGUGUACGUUCGUCUCAGUCGAAUAGCCGAUGCCCAGAAUUGCUAUCUGAAGGCCUACAAAGUCGGCGAUGUUGAAGGAACUGCUCUCAUGCUGCUGGGAAAGUAA